UAGUUCCUGCACGGAGCCACUUGGUCGACACACGCCACAUUUCCGGUCAACUUUUUUGUUCCUGUAUCCUCAAACUUGACAGCUAACACCGGGAAUUUUCACCCUUUACUUUUUGACCCAGGAUUCGACUAAUUGUUGCAAAAAAACAAACCAAGGUUAUCCGUUAAAAUGGUUUUAUUCACGAUGAUCGCUCGUGUGGCAGACGGCCUGCCGCUGGCCGCCUCCAUGCAGGAGAACGAACAGCCAGGAAGAGACCUGCAGAAAUAUCAGAACCAAGCCAAACAACUGUUCCGAAAACUGAACGAGCAGAGCCCUGACAGGUGUACUCUGGAGGCCGGUGACGUGUCUUUUCACUAUUUGAUAGAACAUGGCGUGUGCUACCUGACCCUCUGUGAGGCUGUUUACCCCAAGAAGAUGGCCUUUGGGUUCCUGGAGGACCUUCAAACUGAGUUCUAUGACAACUACGGCAGGAAAGUGCCCACAGUAACCAGACCAUAUUCCUUCAUUGAAUUUGACACGUACAUUCAGAAGAUGAAGAAGUCCUACAUUGACAGCAGGACCAGGAGGAAUUUUGGCAGCAUCAACACAGAGCUACAGGACGUCCAGAGAAUUAUGGUGGCUAACAUUGAGGAGGUUCUGCAACGCGGAGAAGCUCUCUCUGCCCUGGACACUAAAGCCAGCAAUCUGACCAGCCUCUCCAAGAAGUAUAGAAGCGAUGCCAAGUACCUGAACACCAGGUCCACAUAUGCUAAGGUGGCUGCCGGGGCCUUGUUCCUCAUCACACUCAUCAUAUAUGUGCGUUUCUGGUGGCUCUGAGGAACCAUACAAAGGACUAAGGAGUGGACCCAUCUACCAUCUCGCCUUUCGAAGGCCACCAGUUACAUGUUUUCCUUUACUAUUUACGGCUAUACCUCUUUUACAGCAAGACAAGAUCCUGUAUGGGGCGAUAUUUGAAGAGUCAGUUAUAGUAUGUUUACAUGAACUACUUCUCUAACUCGUUAAUGAUGUGAAAGUCAUGUGUGCCGAUUUGUAAGAAGGGUACCCUCUAUCCGUGGAAACCCUGUAAGAUAUGUUUACAUGUUCCACAUGUACACCAACCCUCUAACCCUACUACUGGGUUAGAGCAGCAGGGUGUGAAGGGGCUAACCCGUGAAUAUUAACCACCUUGGCUACCUGCUAAUCUCAAGAUUGAUUAUAGAUUCUGGCAAUAGAUUCACCCGACCAGUUAUAGAUCCAACCCCAUUCAUCAGCAAUGUUUGUUACAAUAUUGACGGUAUAAUUUAAUUUCAACAAAACAUCCAUCUCAGCCAAGCUGAAUUUCAACAAAGCAUAAUAACCUUUUGGAAAAGAGCCACAUUUGUGGCGGUUAUUUGAAUUUGAAAAAUCCCUCCAUGAAGCCAACACAGCUUGCUGGACAGCUUGAGAGAUAGGCCUAACACAAGCCGGGUUAUUCAGGUUUCAAUGUAGCCCCUGUUUUAUUGGUUUAAAAAACAAUUGUAUGCAAUGGACUUUUUAAAUAUGAGGACACCGACGACUUAAGUUUACAAAAUAAUCGUAGAAUUAUAUAAAAUGUGACCAAAUCCUGUUUUCUUUGUUGUUACGCAUUGCAUUUAAGUCAGCAAAACUUAAACGUGUUUUACAUAUAUGCACAGUUACAAAAGCAAGAACAAUUUUGCCAUUUCGAAAAGUACACAAAGGAAUGGCAGUAGAAAAAUGAUGUCACAUAACGUUGAGUAACGGGAAGGCAUUUCACAUCAACAUAGAUUUGGGCGCCUAGAAUCCACUAAGGAGAUGGUGUAGGCCGACAUGUUUGGAGCAGUCGAUUCAGCAGUAGGCCAUCUCUAAUGUUCCUUGAGCAUGAAUAAACGAACAUCAAGGCGCCUCUAGGACAAGGCGAAUGUCAUUCCUGUUCUUGACGCUCUUUGCACGAGUGGAGAGAGGGAGUAGACCUCGAAUUUGAAGAAAGCGCUAGCUUAAACAAGUUUUCCGGGCAAGGCGUGUUCACCAUUCCCUCUCCAAAACCAAUAGCGCUCUGGGUCUUUUGUUCAUGGUAGUGAUGGGUGAUCCUCAGCAUGGGGACUCUAUACCACAAGGUCAAAGUCAUCCCUCUGAAAAAAGAAAGACAGAGGGACAACUAUUAACCGACAUUUACUGCAAACACACGACACAUCAGUGUGAAACUGAUGGCACACACAUCUGUACAUGCAGUAGAUAUUGAAAUGAACCACUUGAAACAAAACAGAAUCGAACCUCGUCGUUGUAAUUCAUGACAUGCUGCUUAAUCUUAGAAGAGUCAACCCAUGUCACAAAGUCUUCCAUGUUCCUGAAAAGCAAUAAAUCCAUUAUACUGGGAUUAUGAUGGGUCAAAACAAUUGGGUCAAAUGUAGUUUUUAAAUUACACUGACCUUGUAAUGAGGAAAGCUGGGUCUGUGAUGAUCUCUGGUCCAACACGUACAUCUAGACAUGCGGUCAAGGACCCUUGACUAAAAAAUAUAUUUUGGCAUCUAGUGUUGAGGUUGCAGAUUGACACAUUGAAUUUAGUGUGUACAACCGAAGGUUACAAGAAAGCUUUCCAGACGCCACUAAGUUGUAUAUAGUGCAUCUGUAAGGCGGCCAUUACAAAGGGUUGAUAUGUGUCAAUAGAUCAGUUUAUUUAUUGUAAAGUAAACUUGCGUGCUUCUGUCUGCUACUGAACCGUUUGGAGUACAAUAGCUGACUGAUUCCUUUAGAUGCAAACUCAUUUUACAAUUUCAAGAAACUGCUAACAAAGGCACAGGCAGAGCUCCCAAAAAAAAAUAGCCAUUGGUUCACAAGCAAAGGAUACGUCCCUGAUCGAUGAAGGUGAUGGCUGUCUUGAGGUUCUGGGCCAUGCGCAGGUUCACCAUGAUGCUGGGCAGUCUUCUCCUGAGGAGGGAGGCAUUCAACAUCAACCACCGCAGGAUUGGACCGUCAAAGCUCAUGAUACAGGCACAUGCAUUUUUUUGAACGGCAGUUGUAGAGUAAGGGCUGAGACACAUCAUUCAACUGGAGAACUGCGACUUGGCAACAAACUGGUUUCAGUGUGGAGGUGACAUUGACGGGUUGGAGUUGAACUAGAUUUGUUUCC